GACUGCUCAGACUUUGGAACCAGGGCAACACAUUUGCAAGUCCUGAUAAUCACAUACUCUAAGACUGGAGAAGUAUAAAAGCCCAAGGAGAGAAGCAGAAGGAUUAGUCUUCACAGAAAGAGGAGGACUCUCCUUCAGGCGUCUUGGAGCUUUGCUUAGCCCGUCAUGGGGGGUACCAAGCUCUGCCUUCUGCUGCUGCUGGGCACCUACACUCUGGCCCAGCAGGACGUAGUGUUGAAAGAUGGCGUCGAGGAACAAGCUCCAGUUUGUUAUUUGGCCAAGCGAUUCAAGAACCUCCGGCGGUUUGUGUACGACUACGAAGCUGAGACCAUCAACAGUGUGAGCGGCGCGACCGAAAACAAGAGCGGCCCCAAAGUCUCCUGCAAAGUUGAGGUUGACGUGCCCCAGACCUGCAGCUUCAUCCUCCGCACCACAGAGUGCUCCGUGAGCGAGAUCUCUGGCGUGGACGCGCAGGGGAAGCCGCAGCAUCGCCCUGCAGCCGACGCCGACGCUUUCCAAGCAGCCAUGGCCAAGAACCCCUUGAAGAUCACAGUUGAAGGACUGUCUGCUGUCAAGCUGUACCCCGAGGAGGACGAGCCUGUCAACAUCUUGAACGUCAAGAGGGGAAUCUUCUCUGCUCUCAUGGUGCCCGUCAUGGAGGAGGACAAGAACAAGGAAAUGGCCACCGUCCAUGGGAUCUGCUCCACCAGCUUCAGUGUGAACUCCCGGGAGGACAUUGCUACUGAUGUGACUCUCAGCAGGGACCUGUCCAAAUGUGAUGAGUUCGUGCCCCGCUGGCAGGCCACCAGUCCGCUGGCCCUCAUCUCUGGCAUGAACAAAGGCCUGUCUAAGCUGAUUAGCAGCACCCAGACCUGCAACUACAAGUUUGACAACCAGAAGAAGCACAUGACCAGUGGUGUUUGCACAGAGAAGCACAUCUUCCUGCCUCUCUCCUACCAGAAUGAAUAUGGAAUUUCUACCACAGUGAAGCAGUCUCUGACUCUGCGAGACAGUGCCAAGAUCAAUGACAGGAUAUUUGACAACAAGGAAGACAACAUCAGGUAUUUGCCCAUGGAGAUUGCUGCUGACAAGUGCCCCAUCCAGACCAAAGAUGCGGCCGUGGCGACAUUGCAGAAGCUGAACACCCUGUCACAGAGCGCUAACGGCGAGCAGCGCGCUCACCUCUUCCACAAGCUGGUGACUGAGCUGCGUGAGUUGAACGUCGACGUCCUGGGAUCUGCUGUUGGUGAGAUGAUGGAAAUGUCCAGCCCUCUGACGUGGCAAGCUCUGGUGCAGUGUGGCACCCCCGAGUGCACCAGCGUCAUCAUGAAGGUCCUCAGGACCUUCGAGGAAGGUUCUCUUGAGGUUGACGCUGCUGUCUACGCCCUUGGGCUGCUGCCCAAUCCCUCUCCCCUGAUGGUCAAGGACAUGUUGGCAAUGGCUCAGUACAAGCAGAGCAAGCCCAUCAUGUAUGCUCUGAGCAACACAGUCAGGAAAAUGUUCAAAGCUGAGGGAGUCACCCCUGAGAUCACUGCUGUGUCCGAGUUCAUGGCCUCUCUUCUGGGUGCAGACUGUGCUGGAGACAAAGAUGUGACCUUCCUGACCUUGAGGGUUAUUGGAAACAUGGGCGAUGCAAUGGAGGCGGCUAACCCUGCCAUAAAAAGCACCCUGGUGAAGUGUAUGAGGCAGCCGGCCACCACACUGUCUGUGCAGCUGUCUGCCAUCCAGGCUCUGCGACGCAUGUCUGUGACAGAUGAGGUUCGCGCUAACCUUCAGAGGGUCGCCCAGUACCCCAAAGGUGCUGUGCAGAAGCGCCUGGCAGCCUACCUCAUUCUGAUGAGAGAUCCCAAAGACAGCGACAUCGAGAUGGUGAAGAAGCUGCUCAAGCAAGAACAGAACAUGCAGGUCAAGGCCUUCAUAACCUCCCACAUCCACAACAUCAUUGUCUCCACUGAUGCAGCGACAGAGGGAAUCCGUAAGAAGAUCAUGGAUGCUGUCCAGGACUCUGACGUGGCCACACACAACGACUACGCCACAAAGUCUCGCAACUACAAGCUGGAUAUGGGACUGGAGAGUCUGCAGGCCGACAUUCAGAGCAACAUCAUCUUUGACCCCAGCAGCAAACUGCCCAGAGAGGUGAUGCUGGAAACUACCCUGAAGGCUUUUGGAUUCAACAUGGACAUUUGGGAGGUUGGCAUGGAAGGAAAAGGCUUUGAGCCAACCAUUGAUGCUUUGUUUGGAAAGAAUGGCUUUUUCCCUGACACAGUGUCCAAGAGCCUGUACUGGGCUGAGGACAAGAUGCCACCAAAGAUCAAGGAAGUUCUGGACAAAUGGGUUGCUCCCUUCAAAUCAAGCGGCCAGCAGGUCUCCAAAAACCUUGCAAAAGACAUCUUGCAAAAUUUCAACAAGCUGCUAAAAGAUCUGCAGAGUCAGGAGUCUCCGGAGGCCAUGGCCUACCUGAGGAUCAUGGGAGAUGAGCUUGGCUACGCCAAGGGCACCGAACUGAAGGCUAUUGCCGAUUAUGCAGUGAUGUACGCAGAAAUGCUGAUGAAGAUCAUUCCAGCCAAGGUGGCUAAACUGAUGUCAAGCACCGACAAUGAGAUUUUUGCCCAUUACAUCUUCAUGGACAACAAAUUCAUCAUGCCAACAGCAACUGGUUUGCCUCUGAAGUUUGGUCUGUCAGGUACCUUUACUCCUGGAGCAAAGGGAGGCAUCAACAUUGCUCCAAACAUGAAGGAGCUGCUGUUCAUGCCCUCAGUCGGAGUUGAGUUUGUGACUCAGAUGGGAGUUCAUCUCCCUGAAUUUGUUGAGGCCGCUGUUGAGAUGCACACCAACAUGUACCACGAGAGCACACUCAAUGCCAGGAUCACCAUGGAGCAGAACCAGGUCAAGCUUUCCAUCCCCGCCCCACAGGGCACCACAAGGCUUUUCAGCAUCAGCAAUAAAGUGAUGAUCAUGGGUGCUGGCCAGGCUACGGUGAUCCCACACACAACCAGUGCAUCAAACUGCAGCCCUCUCUUCCCUGGAGUCAAAUUUUGCACCAAAACUCUUCAUGCUGCCACUGGUGACAAGACUCCCUACUGCCCCCUGAAUGGGGAGACUAUGUUUGCUGUAGACAUCGAGCCAACUGAGGGAGUAUCUGAGUACACAGCCACCAUCGCCUAUAAGCUCCUCAGUGAAGGAAAGGACGGCCGGCAGAAGGUUGACUCUUUGAAGAUGACCCUGAAAGCUGAAGGUGAUCAGCCUACUGAGGCCUCAGCCACCAUGAAGUACAACAGGAACAGGAAUGUUUUCACAACCCAAAUUCAGAUUCCUGACUUUGACGUUGAGGCUGGUGUAAAGGUUGCCAUGACUGACAGCAGCGCCAAAGGCAAAUCCCUCAUCUUUGAAAUUUCCAACAAAAAUGUGCCCCAACUUUCUCUGAUUGGCCGCGCCAAGGUUCAGGCCAUGAGUGACAGCAUGGUGCAGGUUCAACUGUUAGUCCCCUCACUCCAGACGGAUGCCACCAUUAUUGCUACCAUGAGCAAAGUUGACGGACUCACCAUGGAGAUCAAGACUGAUGUGAAACUCCCAGAGAGCUCUUCCAUCCAGGCAAUCACUCUGAAAUACGGACAAGAAUGGGCUGAGAUUCAGUUGAUGUCCAAACUGAAUGCUGAAACUAAGAGCCUGGUGCUCUACGCUAAUGUUGUCCAGGACUGGAUCAGUCAGUCUGUAGAAGACCUUAUGGACCAGCAGGUUGUCAAAACUGACAUGAAACUGCGUCACAUCUUCAACAAAGCAGUUGAGGCCAGCAAUAUCUGGAUGGACAAGAUCACAGCUGAUGUUCCCUAUGUUGAGACUCUGAGGAAGAGCUUGGCCGAAGUGGAAGUGCCCUCCAUACCUGAAAACCUCUUCAUGAACCUUGAAAGCACAUUCAAAUACAAGUUCAAUCAGGAACGUCUGACCAUCAGUAUUCCUUUGCCUCUUGGAGGCAAAUCGUCUGAGGAGCUAAGGAUUCCUCAGAUGGUCACCUCCCCACAAAUCUCUGUGCCUCAGCUGGGAUUGAUCCUGACCCCACAGGAGAUCAAGAUCCCCACCUUCACCAUCCCUUCUGAAUAUGACCUCACUCUGCCUCUGAUGGGGAUGGUGGAGAUGUCUGCCAAGGUCAACAGCAACUUGUACAACUGGGAGGCAAUGGUCUCUGCUGGCAACAACACUGAAGAGUCUCCCACCUACCUGGCUAAGUUCACUGUCAUGGCUGACAGUCCAAUCAAACUUCUGUCCUUCUCCACUGAGGGUUCUACAAAAAUCACUGACACAACAGAGAAGACGAUUAAAUUCACCACUAAUGGCUCCCUGAAGCACAUGCUCCUGAAGACAGGCUUUAGUGUACUUGAAACCAUUUCUGUCACAGACAGUAUACUAACAACUGGAAGGUAUAACAUCUAUGCUACUGCUCCUGUGGGUCUGGACUCCUCUCUGACUGUUACCACCCAGUUAACCCUCGACUCGAACAUGCUGUCUGGGGACAUCAACACAGAUGGAAGUGUUUCUGUCGGACCCAUGACCGCUACCACCACGUACCUCCACACCUUCUCAGUUGACCCAACAAAGGAAGAAGCGAGACUAGAGAGUACGCUGAGGGUAAACUCAGAGAUCCUGAAGGUUCUUAACAAGAUCAAGGCAUCAUAUGCUGAUAAGGAACUUUCGAUUGAGUCUAGCACCAACAUGAACAGUGAGCCCAUCAAGCACACCACCAAAAUGAGUCUAAACUACAAGGAUGUCAAGCUUAGCAUGCAGUCUGACUCUGUGACCAAAGCUGACGAGAGAAUCCUUCGAAGCCAGGUGGAGUUUUCUGCCUCUGAAGGACAGGCCAGCCUCAGGAUCGAAAACCAAGCUGACGAUACGGUGAACCGUGCCUACUCGUUGCUAACUGGCUCCUUGAACCCCUCUGGUUUUGAGAUCAACACAGAUGCUUCUGUAAACAUAUUUUCAAGCCUUGCUGCUCACAAGGCCACUUUGGCCCUGAACAUGGAUGGCCUGACCACCAGCUGUACAACAACGGCUCAGCACAGCCCACUGACCUUUGAGAAUGUGUUCCAUGGCGGUCUUGACACCUCUGGUGCCACCAUGUCUGUCACCACCAAGGGAGCCAUUAAAGAGCACAAGGCUGAGCUCAGUGUUGAAGGGAAGAUUGCAACCACAGAAAUCUAUUUCAAUGGAAUCUUCGAAGGCCACGUCUUUGACCUCAAUGCCAGGAACAGAGUAAACCUCAGAGUCAAUGAAGAUGGCUUGGUCGUCUCCAACAACAUGGUUGGAUCCUACGUCGAGAUGAGAACUGAAAACACACACUCGCUGUCUCUCACACCAAGAUCUUUUACUGUCCAUUCCAAGACUGAUAACGUCCUUGACAAGAAGAACUCCUACAUGCAUGACAUCACUCUUAACUUGGAGCAUUUCGUUGCCUCAGUGAUCAUGAAAAAUGACCUGACGGUCAUGGCUGUCAACUUUGUGAACGAGGCCCAGUUCAAGGCAGAGCCCUACAACAUGGAGCUGACUGGAACAAUGAAGGGAGCCUUCUCGGAGGAAGAGAUCAAACACACUUAUGACAUCAAGAUUGUUGACUUGGUCUUGUCUGCAAAGUGCAAUACCAAUGGGAAACUGCUGGGAUCUCACAUGACACAUACCACUGAUGUGGAAGUGGCUGGACUCACUCUGAAAUUCAACAAUGUGGCUAAUAUCAACUCACCAUCUCUUCGUCUGAACAACAAAGUCAAAACUACUGCUGCACCCUUCACCUUGAACAUUGAAGCCACUCACAACUCAGAUGGUGCUGUGUAUUUCUAUGGACAGCAGAGCGGCAACCUAUACAGCAAAUUCCUCCUGAAGGCAGAACCCUUGUUGUUCACACAUUCAUUUGAGUACAGAGCCUCCACCACUCAUGAGCUGGAAGACAGGCCGACUAUGAAGACCAGCAUGGAGAACAAAUUCAACAGCAUCCUGAGUCUAGACGAGCAAAGUGUCACAAUGAAGAUGGAAUCCAAAUUGAACGAACAUAAGUUUGAGCAAGAGAUGAGUGCUUAUAACAAUGCUGAGAAAAUUGGUAUUGAGGUGGAAGGAGAAGUCUCAACCUCCCUCUUUAGUGAUAAGAAGGCAGAUUAUGCCAUUUCUGGAUUUGUGAAAUAUGACAAAAACAGCGAAAGCCACUUUAUCUACAUCCCAUUUGCUGAGCAUCUGCCUGCAUUCACCGAAAAUGCAAAGGCAACAGCAAUGAAACUAAUGGAGCACAGCACCGAGAUGCUAAAAGAUAUCAACAACAACUAUGAGAUUAGCACCACAUUUCAGAAGAAAGUGUCAGAACUGAAGGAGGUCAUUGACAACUUUGACUUCAAACUCUUUGUCCAAGACCUGAGAAAGUUCUCAAAGUCAGUGGAAGAUGUCAUGACAAACCUGGCAGCCAAGUUCCCAACUGAAAAGAUCGUGCAAGUGUUGAAAUCUAUCAAGGAGGCUGUUAUGGCUUGGAUCAAUAAGCACAACAUUCCUAACAGGCUCAGUGAGAUGCAUGCCAAGAUUGAAGACAUCCUCUCCAGCUAUGAGGUUGAGAAGAUGAUUGGAGCCAUCAUGGACGAAGUUGUUCAAUUCAUGAGGCAGUAUGAGGUGAGGGAAAAGAUUCAGUCUGCAUUUGUUGCAAUCAGGUCUAUUGACAUACAGCCUUUGCUCCAAAAAGCAAUGGGUCCAGCUCAGGAGUUGAUGGACGAACUGUAUUCAUUUGACUUCAAAGACCUGAUUGAAGACAUGAGUGAAUACAUCAUGAGAAUGAUCCAGAAAAUCAAAUCUUUUGAUUAUGAGCCUUUGGCUAUGGAGCUAAAAGAGAAAGUUGCAGAUAUGAGCAAGAUUCCCUGCUUUGGAAAACUCUACGGGGAGUUCAAAGUUACCUCACCUCAGUACAAACUCAGAACCACUGCCAACCUGGAGAACACCACAACUACAUCAGUCACACCAGAAUUCAAAAUCAACCUCAAGUCACAGGCUACAUCGACCCUGAAAGCCCUGGACUUCCUGGUAGAUGCCAGUGCCCACUUUGCUGCACCCAAGAUGAGCCGACUCUCCAUCUCUGAGAACCUCAAAGUUGAGCAGUCAUACUUCACACUUGAUCACAGCGGAACAACGGCUCUGUAUGGUCUGUCAGCUCAGUCUUCUGUUAACACGGCAGCAAAGGUCACCACAGAGUUCUAUGUAGCAGAGCUUACCAACAACGCCUUCUUUGCCAUGGAGAAGGGAGUCUCUGCAAAGGCAGACACCACCUACAACCAUGACCUCAAUGUGCCAGCACUCAACAUCUUCAGUGAAACAUCAAUGAAGCAAAAGACUGUUUUCCUGCUUGACGCUGGCACUACCACUUUGACCCUUAACAAUGUGGCCAGUGAAAAGUAUGCAGUUCAGGAUUUCUCUGAUCAGGUGGCCCACAAGAGCGACAUGGAAGUGGUCAUGGAUCUCCACACAGCUAAAAUCACUUUCACUGGAGAAACUGGAAGCAAGCAGUUCAAAAUGAACCAAGAUUUUGUUGCUGAUAUGUGCAUCUUCCGUCACCUAAUUAUCAACGCCAAGCUUGAGACAGAAACACCUUUCAUGAAGGCCAGUGUAGCUGAGGUCAAGCUCCAGGCCAAAGCUGAAGACAUGAAAUUUGACUUCACCGCCUCUCAUACUGCAGAACUAGUUGGGCUGGUGGAAGGAACUAUUUCAAGCUCGGCCCUGGCUUUGAUCAGCCCCACUGAGUUCAUGUUUGACACCAAGAACAAGGGGAACACCAAAGUUGCUCUUCCAUUCAAGCUGGUUGGAAAGAUGGAUCUGCAGAAUGACAUGGCUCUCACCUUCAACUCUGAUGUCCAGCAAGCCACCUGGACAGGCCUAGCUAGAUUCAACCAGUACAAAUACUCACACGACUUCGCCUUGAACAACGGCGAAGAAGAAAUUAUCCUAAUUUCCCAGAUUAACGGAGAAGCAAACCUUGAUGUGCUGAAGCAACAAAUCACCAUUCCCUCAAUCACUGUGCCACUUGUUCUUAUAAAGACUCCAAAAGUGGAGGACUUCUCUCUGUGGGAAGAUACUGGCCUUAGCAAUAUCCUAACCACAACUCAGCAGACGAUUGACAUCAACUCCAAGCUGAAGUACAAAAAGAGGAUGCUUGGCAUUAUUAUAACUCCAGCCGUUACUGACAUCAACUCCAAAUUCGAGAAUCUGCACAACAAAAUGCUCUUCGGCAGGGACAAGGUUGCAUCCAUCCUCGAUGCAUUGUACAGCAACGCAAAGACAGGCUAUGGCAAAUACAGCAGUGAGCUGCCAAAGACCAUCACAGUACCUGCCUACAAAGUUCCAGUGAUGAAUGUGGAGACGUCAACCUUCACCAUCCCCCUGCCUGACUUCACUGCCAUCACAGUGCCUGAUGUGAACGUUCAAUCUUCUAUCAGCAAGAUGACUAUUCCAAAGAUCACUCUAGACAUCGAGAGCAUUGUAGUCCCAAUCAUGGGUGAUCUAACCUAUGAGUUCUCCAUGAAAACACCAAUGAUCACGCUCAAGACUGAUACCAGCAUCCUCAACCAGGACGACUUCAUAAUGAAAUUUGAUGCUUCCUCAGCCUCUGAAUUUGAAAUCCUGCGUGGAAAAAUUCAGGCCAUGACCAACAUAAACUACCUCAAAAUUACCUCUGCGUUGUCUUUGAAACAUCAGAUGGUGGAGGGAAACCAUGACAGCACCAUUUCAUUCCGUUAUAAAAACAUCGGCAUCACCAAUUCAGCCAAGGUUAAUCUACCUGAGCUGACAAUUGAAGUCAAGCAGGAGCUGACUGGAAGUCCAGAGGAAGGCCUUCUUGUCUCCAUGUCCUUACCAUGUGCUGGACUCAUUGCUGUUCAGAUGCAGACCACGGAACCAGCACUAGUGAAAGCAAGACUCUACGGUCGCUACCAGUCUGAGCCAACUACAGACGUUGAUAUCUUGGGUUUAAAGAUGUCCGUGAUGAACUCGGAGAAGCUCAACAUUCAGACAACCUGGAAUAUGGAGAUUCCUUAUGAGGUGAUGGCAGGAAUAAACAAACAGGUGCCCACAGUUGUGAAGAUGGUGUCCGAUCCCGCCGUCAGCGCAUAUAACAGAAUCCGCAGACAGGCUAAAAUCCUCAUGACGAACACUGAAAAGGCUAGAAAGCAGGGUAAAGAACUUGUUGUGAGGGCUUUUGAGCAGCUUUCGGCUUUCAACCCUCCUACUGUUGUGGUAGAUGUCACAGAUAAGACCAUUGUGAUCCUCAAAAACUACCAAAGGAAAGUUGAACUUGUGCUUGAUGCUGUUCUUAAAUUCCUGAGAGACACCAAAUUCCAGAUCCCUGGCUUUGAACAGAAGCUGUCUGGACUUGAGAUCUACCAGAAAUACACCGCUUUUGUUGCUGAUGUAUCUGAGGAAGCUGUUCAAAAGAUUCCUGAGUAUUUUGCCUCCAUGUUUAAGGUCGUCCUUGAUUAUGUAAAAGCCAUUGAAUUCACCCUCCCUGGGUCUAAUUAUGUUGUCAAAGGAGGAGAAGUUCUUGAUGAUUUGUUUUUAGCUCUGAAGAAAGCCCAAGAUCAAGCGAUAAUCAUUGUAAGGAAACUGGGAGAUAUCAAGGUGGAAGACAUGAUUAAGAAAAUCUCAGCAUUCAUGCAGUUUACCAUCAAACAAAGUGAGAACCUUCUCCAGACCCUGAAAUCUCAGAAUGUGGAGAAGCUCUUCACCUUUGUGACUGAUAUGUACAACGACUUUAUCAGCUGCCCUGUCAUGGCUGAUGUUACCCAGCAGGUCGAAGAGGCCUACAAUAUUGUUCUGGAAUACCUUAAAGCUGUGAAGGCUAAACUGCAGAAAAUCUUUGCUGACAUGUCUGGUGAAAAGCUUCAGGCUGACAUCCAGCUGAAGAUCAACCGGUUCGUCAAAAGUGUUAAUUCAUACUACAACAGCAUCAUUAAGUCCAUUAACGAGAAAAGUAAAAAUGUCAAACAGUUUGUCAGAGUAAGUGAGAGACAGGUGGAGGUUGAUAUUCCUUUACCAGUAAUUCCCAAAUUCAACUAACUGAUCAAAUGAUAGUGUUUGUAUUGACUGCAUCUGUUGUGGAACCAUCAACAACAUUAACAUGGUCUAUCAAAAAUACAUGACUGUGCCUACAGGUGUUCAAUAAGCUCGUUAUUCUGUUGUUUUUCAGUAUAUCAAUUGUGUUUAUUAUUUUACAGUAGACUACCACUCACUGUGACACUACUGUGUUUGUGUCUUGUACUAUUUAAAAGAAAAUAUGGGGACUUCAAUAAAAACCAUUUGUACUGCA